AUUUUUUGUGUUUAUCGCCCGCCAAGAUGUCGUUUAAAGUUGAGAAGAUCAGUGAGCCGGCGGUGCUGGGCGAGGGUCCACACUGGGACGACAGACAGCAAUGCCUCUACUACGUCAGCAUAUACGAGAAGACCAUACAUAAGUACGUGCCCGCCACCGGAGAUUUCUUCAAGACCUAGCUAGACGGGCGCGUUGGCUUCAUCGUACCAAUCGAGGGCACCACAGACCAAUUCGUAAUGGGAGUGGAACGCAAGUUCCUUGUGGUGCGGUGGGACGGGGCGGAGGGAAGCAAGGUUGAUGUCCUGAAGGAACUAGGCGAGGUCGACCAGGACGUACUAACGACCAGGAUCAAUGACGGCAAGGCUGAUCCCAGAGGCAGGCUGUUUGCCGGUACAAUAGGCCACGAAUAUGCUCCAGUACAGUUCGAGCCGAAAAAAGGCUCCCUGUUCCGUAUAGACGGUAGCAAAAGUUGCACGAUUGAGAAGGUGGCCACCAGCGUGACGGUGUCUAACGGUUUGGCCUGGGACUUGAAGGAAAAGGCGUUUUACUACAUCGACUCCAUGGACAGGAAGGUCAGGAGAUACGACUAUGAUAUCGAGACGGGAGUAAUCUCAAAUUUAUCAUAUGCAUUUGAUUUUGAAAAGAACAACGUCGAAGGAUUUCCUGACGGCAUGACCAUAGACACCGACGGAAACUUAUGGGUAGCGGUCUUCGGGGGCUCAUGCGUGAUUAAAAUAGACCCCAGAACGCAAAAAGUAAUUAUGAAGGUGCCAAUUCCAGUCCCGCAGGUCACUUCGGUUACAUUCGGAGGUCCUAACUUGGAUAUUCUGUUUGUAACGACAGCCAGCAUGAAUAUCGGAGGGGAGCAGUUACCACCGUGCGGUUCUACCUUCAUGGUUCUGGGGCUCGGUGUUAAGGGACACCCGAAUUAUAAUUUUAAGUUGUAAGCAAAAAAUCCAUUAUUGUAUGU